CUCCUCUGAAAGCCGCAAUAAUCAGCACUUGUUUAAGCCUUGCCCUGCGUCCCAGCAUCAGUCAGUGCAUCAGCAUUCAUCGCCCCUUGCCCCUCCCACCCCUCGCUCGCUUCCUGCCUGCUCACAUCACCAUUCACCACCUAUAAAUCCGGGCCUUUGUUUGACUCCCCCCUCCCUGCCCCAUUCUUCUUGUUGCUUCUUGGAGAGAGCUCGUCGGCUGCUGCGUGUGCGACUCGAGAGAGGAGCGAGAACGAGCUGGAGGAUCCAUGGCGCCGGAGAAGGAGGAGCCCUGCGCGGGGUACCGGCACGGACCGCCGUGGGUGUUCAAGGGCAGCGCAUUGUACCAGCUGCAUUUGGUGAAGGCGUCGACGGCGCGCGCCUUUGUGCCCCGGGGCCUGCGCCUCGUCGAGGCCUUCGGCUACACGCUCGGCGGCAUGUUCCUCGCGCGCUACCACGACAGCCCCGCCGGCGCCUUCGACGAGCUCGUGGUGAUCGCCGGCAUUGUGUGGAACCCGCCGACCUCCUGCGCGUGGGCAGCAAGGGUGCUGGUGAACAGCGUCGAAGCUUGCCGGCACGGCCGCAAGGAAGUAGGCCUCCCAAGCCAUGUCGCAACAUUCUCAAAGACUGAGGCUUCUGCGCUAGGAAACAAACCCUUGGUGGAAUCGAACAGCUUCCUGAGCGUGCUCGGAAUAGGCUCGACCGUCCCCAAGCAGGAGAGCCGCCGCGAGAUUGAGAUUUGCGAGACCAAAGGCUCAUCCACUAAGCACUUGUGCAACAUCAGCAUGCCGCUCACAGUGACAACAGGAUCACAUAGGCACCACAAGUGGAUGGGCCCAGCAAUCAGAAUGUCGCUUCCAAGCUUCAGUGGACAGACUGAGGACCAUCCUGAUCUUCUCAAGUACUCCUGCCAAGUAGAAUGCAGGGUGCGUCCUGUAAAGCCUGCUCGGAUUUGGAAUCCUACAACCACAGAGCUACAGGAGUGUUCUGAUGGCAAGAUCAACAGCGCGGGAUCCAACACGUUAGCUGACUCAUAUGCGCAAAGCCAGAGCAUUUCGGUCUUGCUAUCAAAGCCCAUCUUCGCUCUGGAAUUCAGCUCCCUGAGGAUGCACGUUGAUGCUCCGAAGAUCGUUGUUCCACACUGCAAGAAGGAGGAGGUCGGGUACUCAAGCACUUAAAUCUGAACUCUGAAGGAUCUGUGCACCAUGGUUAAAAAGGCCGGGAGUUUUGACCACGUUUGACCCGGUUACCUGAUGGGUUCAACAGUUUCUGGUUGUUUUUAGAACCAAAUAUUCUUUUCUUGUUUUUAUUCUUGGCGGUAUUCUUUUUUCUUGUUUGUAAGAUUGCAAGGUAAAAGAACAUGUUGUAUGUGAAAACUACUUGCUGAAUUCAAAGUUGGAACAACUUUGCACUGUUUGCAAUGAUGCA